AUGGCCAAGCGAAAGACAAGGGAGGAAGACGUCACGGAUUCUCAAGACCAAGACGAUCAUGACCACAAGUCACCAGCAACGGACAACGACAACGAGGGUCAAUCCUCUCAUGAUCACAAGUCACCCACAACGACCAAGGACAAUGAGAGUCUAACCCUGCCGCCAUUGUCUCAUGCAACACAAAGCCGAGAAAAGAAAAGAGCCAAGGGAGAUGCCAGUAAGGGUGAGGCGAUCGAUCGCUUGAAGACAACACAUCUGAGCAAAAAGCCUCUCAUGUCCCUCAAGUACGUACCAACAACACCCAACAGAAGUCACCUGAUGCCUUUGAAUAUUAUUUCAUUGUUUUUGUUGUCCACUCCAUCGACUUUGGAGCGCAGAUACUUAUUUUUCUUCACGAUAGUGUUGGUAAAGCCAGGAGAAGCCGAGUACGCAAAUCUGGCGAUACGGAAUAUUGCGGCAUUCCUUCUGAACGCAUCAGGACACCGGAGCCAGCCGCACGCUCCACAGGUGAUUACUUUUGCAUUAUAUGUCGCUCAAGGUUUACCCGAGCUGAAGGCGUCAACUAUCACUUUGGAUCCUGUGUGGAACGAUCAUCCAUCCUGCGCGCCCAAGGGUACGCGUACAAAUGAUGUCGCUACUGGCCCAUCGAACUCUGCGGCAUACUUGGACCUAGAAGAGGGGGAACAAGGGGUGGAACAAGAAGCGGAGGCCGCAGUUCCCAUACGAUAUGAUCCGACGACUCUUGCUUCGGACUUUCUGCGGGCAAUAGGCGAGCAUCCAACCCUGCCGGCGCUCAACGCGCAUAUGGAGGGUAUCAGACUUGUUUCCGAGCCAUCUGCUCGCGGCAGCCUCCUCCUCCGUUUCCAGUUCCAGAAGCCUUCAACCGAAGGUCAGGGGAAUGAUGAAGCUGAGAAUGUGGGCGCGGAACAGGAGGCAACUGCAGCCAAACGGAAGGCUUUUAGGGAGAAGAGAGAGGUCGAGAGGAAGGCAAGGAUCGAGGCAGAAGAGGAAUCCAACCCAAUGACACCACGCCAAUCGAGUCGACCUUCUCUCAGUCAAGACCCGAGUGGCAACGGCACUUUGAGUCAGAAUCCUAGGGCAUCACAGCCAGGGGUACUGCCCAGUGAAUGGGAGAUGCGCCGCACCAAUGCUGGCUUAGUGCACUACGUGCAUCAGCAUACUCAGAUCAUCACUCUUGACGAUCCUCGAUUGACAACUCAACCUCGGCCAAUAGCACGACACGGUGGUUUGCCCAGUGGAUGGGGGAUCAGUCUGUUGGUUACUGCAAAUGGUCCACGGGUCUACUUUGUGGACCACAACAAUGGAAGGAACACUUGGGUUGACCCUCGAGGGCCGUCGUGA